AGGCAUCACCACUUCCGCGUCUCUCUUGCGCCCUGGUCCAAGAUGGCGGACGAGGCCACCCGGCGUGUGGUGUCUGAGAUCCCGGUGCUGAAGACUAACGCCGGACCCCGAGAUCGGGAGUUGUGGGUGCAGCGGCUGAAAGAGGAAUAUCAGUCCCUUAUCCGGUAUGUGGAGAACAACAAGAAUGCAGACAAUGAUUGGUUCCGACUGGAGUCCAACAAGGAAGGGACUCGGUGGUUUGGAAAAUGCUGGUACAUCCAUGACCUCCUCAAAUAUGAGUUUGACAUAGAGUUUGACAUUCCUAUCACAUAUCCCACUACUGCUCCAGAAAUUGCAGUCCCUGAACUGGAUGGAAAGACAGCUAAGAUGUACAGGGGUGGCAAAAUAUGCCUAACUGACCACUUCAAACCUUUGUGGGCCAGGAAUGUGCCGAAGUUUGGACUAGCUCAUCUCAUGGCUCUAGGGCUGGGUCCAUGGCUGGCAGUGGAAAUCCCUGAUCUGAUUCAGAAGGGCGUGAUCCAGCACAAAGAGAAAUGCAACCAAUGAAGGAUCAAGCCACUGAGGCGGGACAGAGGGACCUUUUAUAGGCUACGUUCCAGUUUUUCCUGUGCAUCACUCUUACUCAUCUAACUACUUUCUCCCACAGCCCUUUACCCCAAGUUGUUAUUAAGUAACUGCAGCAGGCAUUACUGGAAAAAUAAUAAUAAUGUUGCUUCUGAGUUUUUAAGUUAGGCUGCACUUGGGCCUUGGAAAACCAAGAGGCAGUUUAUAUCCCCUCCCCAGGUGGAGCAAUGUGAAGUCCUGGAGGCAUAGGGAGUAACUAAAAGUGAGUACAUAGAUUUUUUGGUUUUUGGAAACAACCCAUCAAUAAAAGCUGCUUCCUCUGA